AUGGCGGCGCCCACGCGGUUGUUUCACGUGUGGGUGAGGAACGAUUGGCUGGAUCUGCGCGUGCCCGUCUGGGAUCGGGACCUGCAGUUCCUGCCGGGAUCCCAACGGAUCGUCACCUGCACGGGACACGGCCAGGUGCGUCUCUACGACCUCGCCACGCCCCAGCGGCGCCCCGUGCUGGACGUCACCUUCGGGGAGGCGCCGCUGACGGCGCUGGCCCUGCCCCCCGGGGACACGUCAGUGCCGGGGAUUGGGGGGCGGGUGCUGAGGGCUCUGAAGGGUUUUGCGGGGGGGGUCCGGGGGCUGCAGUGCCACCCCCGCCUGCCCCUCGUCGCCUCCGUCGGCCUCGACCGAUUCCUGCGGCUGCACGGCCUGAGCGACGGGCGGCUGCGGCACAAGGUGGGGCACCCCGAAACC